AUGUCUUCGGAUGAUGAUCUGUUCCGCAGUUAUUCUCCUAAGAAGACUGAUGUAUUUAACAGUACAGGUGAUUUGUUUUCUGAGUCUUACAUUGAACCAAUCCGAGUAAAAGGAAAACGGAAAGAGAAACAACAAGAUAUAGUCCCUGGUGUUAGUGGAUUUAUUCCAGACUUUUCAUCUUAUGAAAGGCAUAAUUUAAUUGUUGAAUCGGAUGUUAGUCAUCCUACUGUUAGUCUUACAGAUCAAAUGCCAAAACAUAAUCAAGAAAAUAUUACUCAAUCUGAUCACAUUCCAGAUUCUGUUGCUGUUGAGCCUAAGGAUCACAUGAUAGGUGGAUGUCCACCUGCUGCAUUCUGUAGUACCCCUGGUCCCAUGAACAGUUUUGCAUCAAGUUCGCUUGAAGUUGAUGGUACAGUAGCACCAAAAACAGUAUCAGGUGAUGUUCUAUUAAACGCCCUCCAAAUUCCUCGUCCACUACUUCCACAUUCUCCAAGUGAGAACAAUACUUACAACAACAAUCUUUUAAAGAUGUAG